AUGACAGUGGGCAAACCUCUCUCAGGUGCUGAAAUGAAACGAAUGUGCUUCAUCCUCCUGCUGAUUAGUAACGCUGCCUCAGUCUCCACACAGUUUAAUGGAUACAACUGUGACGCCAACUACCACAGCAGGUUUCCUGGUGAGCGGGACAUCAGUGUGUACUGUGGGGUUCAGACCAUCACCUUAAAGAUCAACUUCUGCCCGGUGCUUUUCUCCGGCUACACCGACGCAGAUCUGGCCCUGAACGGUCGCCACGGUGAAGCCCAGUGCCGUGGCUUUGUUAACAACAACACCUUCCCCACAGCCGUCCUAUUCACCAUCAGCCUCAGCACUCUGGAGGCCUGCGGUAACACCCUGGUGGUCAACACAGCCUACGGGGCCAAUGCCUACGGGAACACAUCCCUGGUACAAAUUGGGAACAUCUCAGGCUAUAUCGACACCCCUGACCCGCCAGCUAUUAUCAGCUACCUGCCCAGCUUGUUGUAUAAAUUCAGCUGCAGCUACCCGCUGGAGUACCUGGUCAAUAACUCACAGCUGGCAUCCUCCUCGGCUGCUAUAUCUGUCAAAGACAGCAACGGUACAUUUGUGAGCACGUUGAGUAUGAUCCUAUAUAAUGAUUCAACGUACAUUCAACCUCUCUCUAUUCCAAUGGCUGGACUGGCCCUGAAAACCAGAGUAUUUGCUGCUGUGAAAGCGACAAACUUAGACAAACGGUGGAACAUCUUGAUGGACUACUGUUACACAACCCCCUCAGGGAAUCCAAAAGAUGAACUCCGCUAUGACCUUUUCUCUGGCUGCUAUAAAGACCCGCAGACGACGGUUUUCGAGAAUGGGAAGAGUCAGAUGGGACGUUUUUCCUUCGAGGUUUUCCGUUUUGUUAAACACAGACACCAGAAGAUGUCAACUGUGUUUUUGCACUGCGUCACCAAGCUUUGCCGGGCAGAGGACUGCAUCAUGCUAAUGCCGAUUUGCCGGCGACGGCGCAGGCGCGAUAGAGAGGAGAGCCUUGAUUCCCCACCAGCAGCAUCUGGAAAUGCCGUCAUCACUGCUGGACCAAUCAUCACCAGGAGUGAUGAAACUCCUGUCAACAACUCCCAACUUGCAUCUGGAGACUCCUCCCAGCCAAUGAACCCCUUGACCAGUGCUCUGAUCUCAGGCGUGGUCAUCCUGGGUGGGGCCAGCGUGGGCUUCUUCCUGCUGUCACUUCACCUCCUGCAGAAGUCCCGCCUCCCAGCGACCACUGCCUCGGGUGUUUGGAACCUCAGCUUUAAAUGAGUAAACAUCUGUAUAUAAUGAAACCCUCUGGGUAA